AUGGAGACUGGAGAUAUCAGAAAGGUAUCAGUGGAGGAUAUACAGUUGGUUCAAAACCUUAUAGAAAGGUGUUUGCAGCUUUACAUGAGCCGGGAGGAGGUUGUUAGUACCUUGCUACACCAGGCGAAAAUCGAGCCUGGUUUCACCGAGCUUGUAUGGCAAAAGCUUGAAGCGGAAAAUCCGGAAUUUUUCAGGGCGUAUCAUAUGAGGCUCGUGGUGAAGGACCAGAUUAUACAGUUCAAUCAACUGCUCGAGAGACAGUUCGAGCUAAUGCACAGAGUAUCUCAAACUGGAGUUGCUUCAAUUUCCAUGCCUAAUGGAUCUCAUAUUCACCUGCUUGAAACCGAGCAGUGUGCCUGCAGUGAAUCUAAUCUGUACACAAACUACGAGCUCUCCUUGCAACCAUUUAUGCAGUUGGGGCUCGAUACGGCUGGUCAUGCUGAUGUGGCAAUAAAAUUGGAGCCCGAUUAUGAUGAUGGCUCUGUGGUGAUAAAAUCGGAGCCCGGUUAUAAAGACAGCUCGAAUUUUGUGUUUGGUUCGGAUGAGAAUCUUCUAGAAAGCCGCGAUGCUAUUGGGGAAACAUCGGUCUCUCCUUUCAAUGAGGAUCAUAAUAGUCCACCGGUUUUGAGUGAGACCGUGCUGGAGCAAGAGUCGAGCUCAUUUGGAUUCUUGGGGCAGAUACCUCGAAACUUCAGUUUGUCGGAUCUGACCGCCGAUUUUUCGAGUAGUAAUGGUUGCUCUCUCUCUCUCUCUCUCUCUCUCUCUGGUUAUAACUUGUGA